AGUAAAAAAGACUUGAAAUUCAACUGUACAAAAACAGCUUCUUCUUCAUUUUCUCAAACCAAACAUAACAAUGAUGAACCACGAUGACAUGGUGAAUAAUAUUAAUUCGAUGCUCCAAAAAGCAGAACCACCGGUAACCAGCGACUGUUGCAUCUAUAAAGUACCUUUUGCUAUUCGCAGUCUCAACCCAGACGCAUACACCCCCAAAGUCAUUUCCAUUGGCCCUUUCCACCACAGUCACCGCCACCACCACCUCCAAAACAUGGAGCGCCACAAACUCAUUUACUUCAAAGCUUUUCUCCAACGAACCCAGACAACUCUACACACCUUCAUUCACUGCAUAGAUUCUGCUAUACCUAAUUUUCGUAGCUGUUAUUCUGAAACCCUAGACUUUACUCAACAGGAGCUUGUUCAAUUAAUCUUAAUCGAUUCUGGUUUCAUAAUUGAGCUUUUCUGGAGAUCCUAUUAUGACGAUUGGUCUCAAGAUGAUGGGUUUCUCUUAAAACCUUGGUUAGCUUCUAACAUAAGAUUAGAUUUGUUGUUACUUGAAAAUCAAUUGCCAUUUUUUGUUAUUCAAGAAAUUUACAAUCUUUCAUUUACUUCUACUAACGCUAGUGUUCCCAAGACUAAAAUCCCUUCUUUUCUUGAACUUAGUUUUGAUUAUUUUGCAUAUUACAAUCAAUCAAACUUGGGUUUUGAUAAUGGCGAUUUUAGUAUAAGGCACUUCACUGAUCUGAUUAGGAUUUUCCACCUGCAACAUCCUUUGCAAAGACGGCCGCUUAGAAUUGAUGAACCAAUGAAACAUCUACAGAGUGCAACUGAGUUGUUAGAAGCUGGGGUGAGGUUUAAAGUGAACACUAAAAGUGAGUGUUUACUUGAUUUGAGGUUUUCAGGACGGGUUCUUGAAAUUCCUCAAUUGAAAGUUGAGGAUUGGACUGAAAUUUUGUUUCGGAAUAUGGUUGCUUUGGAGCAAUGUCACUACCCUAGUGAGUCCUACAUUACGGAUUAUGUUGCUGUUUUGGAUUUCCUUAUUAAUACUGGCAAGGAUGUGGAUAUACUUGUUCAGAAGAAAAUACUGGUGAAUUGGCUUGGGGAUAGUGAUUCUGUGGCUAACUUGUUUAAUAGUCUUUGGAAAAAUGUUACACAUUUGUAUUUCAGUUCUCAGUACUCUAUUCUAUGUGAAGACUUGAAUGGUUUUUGUCAUGAUCCUUGGCAUAGAUUGAAGGCGACUCUCAGACGUGAUUAUUGCAACAGUCCUUGGCAAACUGCUGCUUCCAUUGCUGGAAUUUUACUACUUAUUCUCUCUUUACUUCAAUCAGUUUGUGCAGUGUUGCAAGUUGUACAACAAUAUAAUGAUUCAUAAUGCUGUUGCCAUGCAAUUGAAAGAUAACUCAGGAGAUAUCACUAACGCGAGGGAUAGGUAUUUUGCUUGCAUUGUUUCUAUGUUGGCUCAUACAGACAUGAUCCCAGCUGAUAAGGGUGAUUUGGCAACAGUUGAUAAAGACAUUUCUGCUAAUAUUUCAAGUAGGACAUUGUCAAAUGGGAAGAGGAUGACAAAUCUUGUCCUUAAGGUGGCCCUUCAUGCCUUUUGUCAUGAUAUAAGUGAUGGAAGAUUAAAAUGUUAUGAUGCAUUUACCAAGGUAAGUAAGUGGCAACUUUAUCAGUGAAACAAGAUUGGUUAACAUCUGCAGGGAAAUUCAUGCUGCUGGCUCAGUUGGGAAAAUCAUGGACAUGCUGACCUUGCGAGACAUCAAUGCUGAGAACAAUGUAUUUUCAUACAUGCUAGUAAGGUUAUCCAGCCCUGCGUUGGUGAAGAAAGCUCUUCAACUCAUGCCCUAUAAGGCCAUUUAUGGGUACUUUGAUCCAGCAGCUGUAAGAGCUUAUAGGAAUUUUGAUCAAGCAGCUGUAAGAGCUUAUAGGAAUUUUGAUCAAGCUGGUCUAGCUGCACAGAUUGCUGCAGGUCCACUUUGUGUCUACUGUAAGGGAAAUAUUAAUCCAUUGACAAUUGCUAAUUAUUCUGACGAUAUUAAGUUGUCACAACUUGCCCCUAUUUACAAAGCUCCGUACCAUGA